CUAACCACAUCUCCAGACCAAAUCCAAGCAAUGGAAGCUCUGUUUGCCAGCUAAUAUAUAUAUACCCUUCCCGGAAUUUUCCACAAAUCUUUCUUUUUUUUCUUUUCCAGAUUUCUUUUCUUGCUUCCUUCCUCGGCCUUAUUUCUCUUCGUUCUCACCUUCUUCCUCUGUUCUUGAUCCUAACUUUUUCCAAACUCCCAACUUGCUCCCAUAUUUCACUGAUUCCUUCUGAUUUUCUUGCCUCGGAGCUUAUCUUGUUUCUUGAUCCCCCUUCUUGGAUCUUUUUUCUCCUUCUCCCCUCAAUUUCUUGGAUUCUUUCUCCCCUUCUUCAUCUCUUUCUUUUUAACUCCCUUUCGCCAUGGCUUGCUUCGGCUUGUUUAAGAAGAAGGCCAAGAACAGGUCGGGGCAGAGCCCGGCGACUACAUCGGCGCUUCCGUCGAAUGUCAGCACAAGUAGGUCGGAUGAUUCGGCUGCCGCGAAACAUCCAAGCAAGUCUUCGGCCUCGACGUCGUCGCCGCGCAGCAUUCCAGCCAUGUACGAAGAGAGAGCUCAUAUUUUGCGUGUUUUCGAGCUUGAUGAGCUGAGGAACGCGACCAAUGAUUUCAAUAGGAUGCUUAAGCUGGGAGAAGGCGGGUUCGGGGGUGUUUAUAAGGGUUUUAUCAAGCCCUUGGAUGGGAAGGGGGAUCGGAUCGCGGUGGCGGUCAAGAAACUCAACCAGCAUGGCCUGCAGGGGCACAAGCAAUGGUUGGCGGAAGUUCAAUUUCUUGGAGUUGUUGAGCACCCAAAUCUUGUAAAACUUAUUGGAUAUUGUGCCGUAGAUAGUGAAAGAGGGAUCCAGAGAUUGUUGGUCUACGAAUUCAUGCCUAAUAAGAGUUUAGAAGAUCAUUUGUUCAACAGGAAUUAUCCUGCUCUUUCGUGGAAUUUAAGACUGCAGAUAGCCUUGGGUGCAGCAGAAGGAUUGGCAUAUCUGCAUGAAGGGUUAGAAAUUCAGGUGAUAUAUCGGGAUUUCAAAGCAUCUAAUGUGCUACUAGAUAAGGAAUUCAAGCCAAAGUUGUCAGAUUUUGGCCUAGUAAGGGAAGGACCAACAGAAGGGAACACUCAUGUCUCUACAGCGCCUGUGGGGACUUACGGGUAUGCUGCCCCAGACUACAUUGAGACUGGUCAUCUCACGAUUGAGAGUGAUGUCUGGAGUUUUGGAGUAGUGUUGUAUGAAAUCCUUACAGGCAGGCGGACAUACGAAAGAAAUCGCCCACAAAAUGAACAGAAGCUUUUGGAAUGGGUGAAGCAAUUUCCUGCGGAGAGUAGGAGGUUUAGCAUGAUUAUGGAUCCGAGACUAAGAAAUCAGUAUUCUCUGAAAGCUGCACGUGAAGUUGCGAAGUUAGCAAACAGUUGUCUCGUCAAGAACCGAAAAGACCGUCCAAAGAUGAGGGAGGUUGUAGAAUGCUUGAAGCAAGCCAUUCAAAUGAAUUUAAUGGAAGAACAUCCUUCAGCAGCCCGCUUGGACAAGCAGAAGAGACCUGAGUCUUCAAGAAGGUGACCAUUUUGCUAGGCUGGGGGAGGGGAUGAAUAUGGUUUGUAAGAGAUUUUUUUUUUUUCUUUUUCUUUUUUCUUUUGUGGCAGUGCAGCUGUCUAUCCAACAUCUUAAUAUUAUUUCAGAGUGCAUUAAGAUAAUAAGGUGGAAUGGACUUAACGCCAGAUUCUUUGAGUAUGUAAAUUGGAAGAUAUCAGCUUGCUUCUUUGAAAUUUACUCUUUGAUGAAAUGUUAUUUGUCCUAAAAUUAAUGUGCAGUCAAGAUUGCACAAGAAAAAAGGAUGGGUCAAUAAAGCUUCAGUUCAUUUAA